GGGAAGCGGGCGGGCGGGCGGGCGGCGGGCGAGCGUUUUGUGAGUGGAGGGAGACUGUCGGACGGCAAGAAUGUCUCGCAGGAAGGUGAGCGGCGGUGGGUGGGGAACCGAGCGGGCGAGAAGCAUCCUAACAAGGUGAAGUGGAAGCCUAGUGAGUAAAUGGACACUGAUCGACGAAGGCAGCGGCAGGCAGGCAGCAGUUCCGAGGGCACAGAAGAUUCUGAUUUUUCUGCUGAUCUGGACCAUACAGACAGCUCUGAGAGUGAUGGACAACCACGUCGGUCUACCAGGUUAACCAGGUCUUCAUUACGGAAUAGCCAGAGUUCUCAAGACUCCAGUCCAGUACGUCAGAUUCCAUCAUAUGCCUCGGAUGAACCUGCCUAUGCUACAAGGAGGGUGACUCGUAGCCAACAGCAGACCACCCCCGUCACACCCAAGAAAUAUCCCCUACGACAAACGCGCUCCUCUGGCUCAGAAACCGAGCAUGCAGUUGACUUCUCGGACAAAGAUACUAAAACUGCCGUGGACCAUGAUGAGUCUCCCCCACGCACCCCGACAGGCAACGCUCCAUCCUCGGAGUCUGACAUUGACAUUUCCAGUCCCAAUGCAUCGCAUGAUGAGAGCAUAGCCAAGGAUGCUUCAAUGAAAGAUUCCGGAAGUGACCUUUCACACAGGCCCAAGCGCCGGCGUUUCCAUGAGAGCUACAAUUUCAACAUGAAGUGUCCCACUCCUGGCUGCAAUUCUUUAGGACAUUUAACUGGAAAACACGAGAGGCAUUUCUCUAUAUCUGGCUGCCCACUGUACCAUAAUCUAUCUGCCGAUGAAUGUAAGGUUAGAGCUCAGCAGCGUGAAAGGCAGAUUGAUGAUCGUGCACUAUCACAGAGGCAAGAUGAAAACAACAGACAUGCGACCAGACAUCAGGCUCCAACAGAAAAGCAGCUGAGAUAUAAAGAAAAGGUGACAGAACUUCGUAAGAAAAGAAAUUCUGGACUGACCAAAGAGCAGAAAGAGAAAUACAUGCAGGGAGUAUUGUCACAGCUGGCUGGACUCGAAGUUAAUACAAAGGUUUCCAGUGUCUUGAGCGUUUCGACUCGAGCUCGGGCACCAUCUGCUGCACUUCCUGCUCCUUCCGUUACUGCAGCUCCAGCAGCAAGGCUGGGCUCAACCAGGGCCAGUGUGACAACAAGCAACAGGCGGGAAGUUCCAAGAACAGUCUGGGCAGUAACGGCAACAGCAGCAGCAGCAACAAUUCAUAAGCAGGAACACAGACAAAUACAUGGGAAUACAAGAGAGCCACUCUUGGACAAUCUUACUUCUGACUUUGACCUGGAAUUGUUCCGGAAAGCUCAAGCUCGGGCUUCUGAAGAUUUGGAAAAGUUGAGGUUACAAGGCCAAAUUACAGAAGGCAGUAACAUGAUUAAGACCAUAGUGUUUGGCCGUUAUGAGCUAGAUACCUGGUACCAUUCUCCCUACCCUGAAGAGUAUGCACGUCUUGGGAGGCUCUACAUGUGUGAGUUUUGUCUCAAGUAUAUGAAAAGUCAGACCAUCCUACGCAGACAUAUGGCAAAAUGUGUAUGGAAGCAUCCUCCAGGAGAUGAAAUCUAUAGAAAAGGAAACAUAUCGGUAUUUGAAGUGGACGGGAAGAAAAAUAAGAUUUACUGCCAGAAUCUUUGCCUUUUGGCUAAGCUAUUUUUGGACCACAAGACUUUAUAUUAUGAUGUAGAACCUUUCUUGUUUUAUGUGAUGACAGAAGCUGAUAACACAGGGUGUCAUCUUGUUGGAUAUUUCUCUAAGGAGAAGAAUUCAUUCCUCAACUAUAAUGUUUCAUGCAUUUUAACAAUGCCACAGUAUAUGAGACAAGGAUUUGGAAAAAUGCUCAUUGAUUUCAGCUAUUUGUUGUCUAAAGUAGAAGAAAAGGUUGGUUCUCCAGAGCGUCCUCUGUCAGACUUGGGCCUGAUCAGCUACCGCAGCUAUUGGAAAGAAGUACUGCUACGUUAUCUUCACAACUUCCAGGGCAAGGAAAUUUCUAUCAAAGAAAUAAGUCAAGAGACUGCAGUUAAUCCUGUGGAUAUUGUCAGCACGCUUCAGGCAUUACAGAUGUUGAAAUAUUGGAAGGGAAAACACUUGGUUUUAAAACGGCAGGAUCUAAUAGACGAGUGGUUGGCCAAAGAAGCAAAACGAACAAAUGGGAAUAAAACCAUAGACUCGAGCUGUUUGAAAUGGACACCACCAAAAGGAACCUAGUUUGGCCAUUGUUUUGUUCCAGUAAAGGCACCACCCAGUAAAAGCUAAUGAACACAAAGCAGAAGAUCCAGUAGUGAAUCUUUAGCCUUACAUUGUAUUCUUCACCUCUGUUUGUCUGCAGAGUGCAUAGUAAAGCGUAUGACCCAGCAAAUAUAGUAUUGUGCUUUUAUCCCAUUUGUUGUUUGUGGUAGCAGUUCCAACAAAGCAGCUUGACUCAUGCUGUUAGAAGAGAGAUUUGGGCUCCAAAUGACAAUUGUUUGGUCAGAAAUAAAUUUCACGAUUCGAAUAUUGUUUUGGGAGUAUUGAAAAGCAUCCUGCAAAUUGCCAGCCAUGUUUUUGUUUUGUUGGUUUGCUUUUAAUUGAAACGUCAACAGGCUAUUUGGGCUUUUGAAGAGAGAAAAAAUGUUCUUAGAAAAUGUAGAAAGGGGAAAAGAGGGUUUUCUACGGCAACGACAGAAGAGUGUAGAAGGAGGCAAUUUUGUUUUUUUUUUUGUAAAAAAACCCCCCAACUUUUUUCUCGUUAGUCAUGUUAACACGUAAAAAUAAUAUUUUGGGCAGCAAUAUCCCUAAAUCGUCAUCUGUCCCAAAGCAUUGUAUAUGCUUUUGUCCAUAAGCAGUCUAAGAAUGUAAUGGCUUUUAUGAACGGGGAUGCCCUUUUGAUGGUUUUUAAAUAACAGCGGACAGGGAGGGAGGAAGAAGACAAGGAAACUGAAGUUACAGUGUUUAACCCAUUCACCAGCCUGAUGAGCUAAUACUAGUGUCACCAGUAUAGCAAAUGCUUCAUGCUAAUAUAUUGUGAAUGCCAUUCAAAUUUAUAAUCGAGGCAACUUACUGAGGGGUUGUGAGAUGCUGUUUACAUUACUCAAAGACGCGGGUGGCCGUUUAUACAGAGAUCAUCCUCUCAGUGGAAAUGUAAGUCGUGUUUCAUGGCUUCCUCGAUGCAUUGUUUUGCUGUAUCACACCUCAUCAUUGUUUUCCAUAAAAUAAUUAAAAAUACAAUUUACGUUUGUAUUCAGUUUGUUUUUGAAACAUUUUGAAAUUCAAUUGUUUUGCGGAGUCGUGAAGCGACUGCUGAGAUCACGGGUUAUUGUGAUGUAAGAACUAUUUCAUGGGAGAUAAUGAAAUUACGGGUACAGUAUAAAUAUAAAUACAGGUGACCGCUGCCAUGUUUGGGUUAGACACACGUGUUAUAUACAAAUAGGCCAAGUUGGUGAAAGUGUUAAAUGGUUCCUGAGAUAAAAACUACCCCCAUUUUAAUCUUAUAAGGGAAUAAAAUGUAUGAGUUAAACUGUGUUUUGUAUUACAGUACGCACACUUGUCACGUGGUGUCUUAACGCUCUUUAAAAAGUUAUGUCACUGGCAGCUAAUCUUAGCACUGAACAAAAGCUUGACAUCUUUGCAAACAGCCUUGUUUGGUUUGAGUAGAGGGUAAUCUGUGUAUCCUUUAGAAAUCAACCAGGGUACACAAUUUGUCUGCCUGACAUUGUUGUGCCAAAGUUAGCAUUGAGGAAGAUUGCUGAACUAUUUGUUGUACCAAAUGUGAUGUGACUCCUUCUGUACCUGCUUAUCAAUAAAGCAUGUUGUACAGCA